GCUGCGCUAGCCAUGGAGCGAAGCGGGUGCAAAGUUUGGCACCCCGCAAAGGGAUGUCAGCUAAGAGUGGGCGAACCGCCCGAAGGCUCUUUAGCCUUCCAAUCUUAGGGGCUCCAGCUGCCUGGACCCCAGACGGCGUGCUGCAAUGGACGGUGUAGAUUCGGCGGCCCAGGGCACUGCCCAGCCUCAGGAUGGAGAGCAGCCGGCCGAGUCCCCGGAGCCGCCGCCGCCGCCUCCCGCUCCGCCGCCGGCUCCGCCGCCGGCGGCUCCUCCACCAGAACCAGAACCAGAACCAGAACCAGAACCAGAACCAGAACCAGAACCAGAACCAGAGCCUCAGCCUGCUCUGGGACCCUGUCCAGAGGCGACUCCAGAACCAGCCACAGACCGAGACACAAAAACAACCCCAGAGCCGGCCCCGGAGCCGGACCCAGGACCAGACUCAGAGCCGGAACCAAAACCGGACCCAGAACUUGUCCCAGAGCCGGUCCAGGAGCAAGUCCCAGAAUUUGCCCCGGACCCGGACCCAGGACCAGACUCAGAGCCGGAACCAAAACCGGACCCAGAACUUGUCCCAGAGACGGCCCAGGAGCCAGUCCCAGAAUUUGCCCCAGAGCUGGCCCCAGAGUCGGCCCCAGAACCUGUCCCAGGUCCAACCCUAGAGUUGGCCCCUGAACCGACUAGAGAGCCUACCCCAGAUUGUGACACAGGGCUAGCCCUAGAGUCAGCCCCAGAACCUGCUACGGAGAGGGCCCCAGAGUGGAGCCUUGAGCCAAUUCCAGAGAGUCCAGAGAUGAGUUCAGCACUACAACUACAACUGUUGCAGUUUCAGGUGGACCCUGAAGAGAAAGGUCGAAAGCCAUCUCCAUUGCUAUCGCCCAGACCGUCAGUAACGUGGUCCAGAAUAAAGAAAAUACUGAAGGAAGGACCCCUGCUAAAGAACUGUAACUCCUUCAGGAAAUGGAAGCUUAGAUAUUGUCUGAUCCAAGGACAGAAGCUCCACUUUGCACACCAUCCUUCGUUUGCACACUUUGAAACAAUUGAUCUGUCUCAAGUCGCCUUGGCCGAAAGUAGCUGUAGAAAUCUUUGCCACGGUUUCUGUGUUAUCACACCACAGCGAAAAUUCUCCCUGAUUGCACCCAGUCGGAAAGACAUGGAAGAAUGGAUUAACAUCAUAAAAACUGUCCAACAGGGAGAAGUCUAUAAGAUACCUGCAGCUGAAAACAACCCUUUCCUUAUCGGAAUGCACUACUGGUAUUCCAGUCCUAGUCCUCGGUCUCAGUUCUGCAAUGUUUGUCGCGAGAACAUUCCUCCCUUAUCUCGAGAUGCCAUCAUCUGUGAAGUCUGUAAGGUGAAAUCACACAAAUUAUGUGCUUUGAGAGCAAGCAAAGACUGCAAGUGGAAUACUUUGUCCAUAACUGAUGACCUCCUUCUACCCGCUGACGAAAUAGAAACCAUGCCUCAUCAGUGGGUAGAAGGAAAUAUACCUGCCAACUCUCGUUGUGCAGUAUGUCAUAGGAGCUGCGGUAGUCAUCACAGACUUCAAGAUUUCCGCUGCCUCUGGUGUGAGUCCUCGGUGCACGGGGCCUGCCAGAGGCGGUUUUCCAAGGAAUGUUCGUUUGGAAGUCGUCGCUCAGCAAUCGUACCGCCGACUGCACUGAGCGACCCUAGGGGCGACGGCCAACUAGUAGUAUCGCCUGACUUCUGGAAUCUUGAUUGGCCACUGACUUGUUCCUGUCCCUUGCUCAUCUUCAUUAAUUCCAAAAGUGGAGAUCAUCAAGGGAUCGUCUUCCUCCGGAAAUUCAAGCAGUAUCUUAAUCCGUCUCAAGUAUUUGACCUGUCGAAGGGUGGACCUGAAACAGGCAUCUGUAUGUUCAAGAACUUUACUCGUUUUCGUGUUCUGGUUUGUGGUGGAGAUGGCAGUGUAAGCUGGGUGUUAUCUACGAUUGAUGCCUUUCAAUUGCAUGAUAGGUGUCAGCUGGCAAUCAUCCCACUUGGAACUGGUAAUGAUCUCUCUAGAGUCCUUGGCUGGGGAGCAUUCUGGAAUAAAAAUAAUUCACCACUGGAUAUUCUCAGUAGAAUAGAUCAGGCUCACGUGAGGGUUUUGGACAGAUGGAGUGUGAUGAUCCGUGAGAACCCCAAACAAGUCCCACUGCUAAAAGGACAGGUGGAAAUGGAUAUACCAAGAUUUGAGGCUGCUGCCAUCCAGCACGUACAGAAUGCAUCCAGUGAGUUGAACAAAGUCCUGAAGGCCAAGUACUCCACUGAGAUGAUCAUCGCCACUAGAUUCCUGUGCUCAGCAGUGGACGACUUUGUGACAGACAUUGUAAAGACCUGGAACCAAAUAAGACAGAACAAUACAGCAGUGCAGUCGGUGAUUUUGAAAAGUGACUUGAUGUAUGAUAAACUCAGUGUCAUUAUUGACAUCCUGGCUGAUGAUGAAGAUGUUGCUGCUGUUGAGAGACAAGCCACAGCAUAUGCAGAACGCGGCAGAGCACACAGAAAGCCCUUCGUCCCUCAAAUAGACCACAUCACGAUGUCCAAAUUGGAGUUGGCUACAAGGGUUCACAAUCUCCAGAAGUCCUUGAAACUCAUCAUAUUCCAGGUUGAACAAGUUCUGGAUGAAGAAAGCAGACAGUCCUUACCAGUCAAGAACUUCUCAUCAGCUUUCUUCCUGGGAGAUGAUGACUCAGAGGACUUCAAUCAGAUGAGCCCAAGACACCGUUCUUAUUGUGACAUCUUAUCUUCUAUACCGUCUCUCACAAGUGAAGACCUCCAUAACCUUAACUUAGAACACUUACAUCAUACACCGGAAACGAUGCGCUUCAAAGAAAAGUGUGUCAUGAACAACUACUUUGGAAUUGGACUAGAUGCAAAAAUUUCUCUGGAGUUCAAUACCAGAAGAGAAGAACACCCAGCACAAUACAAUAGCCGCCUUAAGAACAAAAUAUGGUAUGGUCUUCUUGGAAGCAAGGAACUGCUGCAGCGCUCUUAUAGGAAACUGGAAGAGCGGAUACACCUGGAGUGUGAUGGAGAAGUCGUCUCCUUGCCAAACCUUCAAGGCGUUGUAGUGCUCAACAUUACCAGCUAUGCUGGAGGUGUCAACUUCUGGGGAAGCAACACAGCCACCGCCGAAUAUGAUGCCCCUGCAAUGGAUGAUGGGAAGCUAGAGGUAGUGGCGAUCUUUGGUUCUGUGCAGAUGGCCAUGUCUCGUCUCAUCAACCUGCAUCAUCAUCGAAUUGCCCAGUGCCAUGAGGUGAUGAUAACUAUUGAUGGUGAAGAAGGUGUCCCUGUGCAGGUGGAUGGUGAAGCUUGGAUUCAGAAACCAGGCCUUAUCAAGAUUAAAUACAAGAAUACUGCCCAGGUGUUGAUGAGAGAUCUGGACUUUGAGAACUCAAUGAAAACAUGGGAAUCUAAGCAUACUGAAAUCCAAGCUGUCCCACCACCCCGUCUGGACGUCCAGGAAUUUCAAGAUAGCCUCUCUGAUGGGGAGUAUGCCCAGAUGCAGCACUUGGCUCGGCUUGCAGAAAACCUCAUUAGCAGACUUAAUGACCUGAUGAAGGUCCACCAGCAUGUGUCUGUCCUCAUGGAUUCUGUGAAUGCCAGUGCUAACAUACUGAAUGAUGUGUUCUAUAGCCAAGACAGUGGCAAUGAGGCGGGUGCAGCUUCCUGUACUCCCAUUGAGACUUUAAGCAGAAAUGAUGCAGUAGAUGUUACAUUUAGUCUUAAAGGGCUCUACGAUGACACCAAAGCUUUCCUGGAUGAAAACUUGUUGAGAGAUGCUAGUGAUAAGGCCAUACUACAAACUGACCUGGAUGCCAUGAAUACGGAAUUGAGAAGGGUUCUGGAAAUUGGCUGGUUGAGUCGAAUCCUUCUUCCAGAGGAGCACUCUUCUGACACUAGCAGUCUAAGUCGCAGGCUGAAAGUUAAAUUCCCCAAGUUUAGGAAGAAGAAACGAGAAGAUGGAGGAAAGCCUAAAUCAAGACGUCGAUUCCCUGGUUUUCUUGGCAGGUUCUGGCGUCGCAGAAAUCGUGGCAAUGCAGCAAAAAGUGAUGACCCUCCAACACCUUCAAGUUCUCAGCUGUAGUUCUUGAAAACUGGAAGGAGAACUCUCAACACAGAAUUCUACUAAAAACUCUCAGAACCUCAAUAAAGACUGAAUUCAAUUAUAUCAGAACAAACAUGAGCACCACCAAGAAAGACCCUCCAAAUCCUUAUACUAAUAUAUUUUCCCUAGACUUAAUCAGAUCUCCUUAGAGGGUUACAUUUUUCUCGUUGGCCAAAGAUUCUUGUUCCGAGUUGUCUUGUUCAGUUCUCCUUCUCUUCGUGUACAUUGAGCAACUACAGUGUUUAUUGGGGAUAGAUUAUGACUAGCCAGGAUCUAUAAGCAUUUGUGGGAGUGCAUCUCUUUAGGAAGUAUUAGACUGGGCUUCUUUCACUAGCAGAGACUGUUAACACCAAGGAAUGAAUGAGUAACUAGCUCUCAGAAAGAUGAAGAGGGGGCAGGGCAUUCAGGCUUGGUUGUGUUUCUCUUGCAAUCCCUGCCAACUGCAACUUGAAAUUUCAAAAGAUGUGACUCCUAGUUGGCUCAAGAAGGUGAGAACUAGGUCCUGGAGGCUUAUCUGCUUGUCUGUUACAAUGAUCAUGUGAAUCUUUCCUUGUAGAUAUGAGUCUCUCCUCUCCCCUCCCCUCCCAUUUUCUCUCCUCCUCUUCCUUGCUAAUCUUCCUUCUUAUCCUGUUUCCCUUCUCUCUCCCCUUCCUCUACUUCUGCUUCCUCCCCUCUCCCCAUAAACUCCUUAUGAUUUCCCAUGUGUACAUGUAUGUCUUUGCACAUGUCCAGGUGGUGCUCUCGUGGCUGGGUGGGCCCACUGUUUGGAACUCACCCCUCAUAGCAACCAUACAGGCUCUUGUCCUUUUGCCUUGAUCCUAGCCUGCAUGUCUCCAUGGAGUGCUUGCCUGCAUUCUCGCUGGAUUUUUUAACUAAAUGUUUUGCCGCUGUGCUGCAGUAUAGAUUAUAUACAGAGACAUAAAGAUGUACAUAUAUAUACAUAUAUAUAUUUUUAAGAACUGAAAAUACAACUCGACCUCUAAGUGACCCUCUAAUUUAUUGUGAUAACCCAGGAAUCCCUCCCCUUCCCUAUUAAACCACACACAUAUUCAACUCUACCAACUGCCCUAGUUCUUGGUGGAGCUUCUAAUCUUUUGGUGCAUUUUUAGUGUCUUAGAAGUAGCUGGAGUCUACUUAUAGCCCAGCUAAUUCUGACAUCCACUUAAAAUACUGAGCCAGGCCACAGAAAGGGAACAAAACCACCAAUGCCCUGCAGGAGGGGCCAAGCUGGCAUGCUGCCAUUUGCUCUGUUUCUCCUGGCUCUGUAUCAGCAACUGCCUAAGCUUUCUUGCCCCCUUCCCCAGUAAAAAAGAUAUCAAAGAGCUCUACCCUUUAGAUGUCUAAGUUAGGGCCUACCAAUCCAUCACAGCCUGUGCCCUUCCCCAUAAACUUAAUCUGGGUCUGCAGCUAUUGGAUAGGCUGUUGGGCCACUCUUCAAAUUACCUUUAAAUCUCAUAUCUUGUCCCCCUUCCCCCUGAGUCUAAGAGGGGCAGUCAGGGUGAUCAGAAAGGACACUGAACUGGGGAAGUAGAGGUUAGAAGCCUCAGCUUCCCUCUGUUUUGCAUCUAAGUUUUUCAUGAAAAAUAAUAGUCCUAAAUUGCUCCAAAUAUUCAUUUGAAUCUUUUUGUUUUAAGUGUACAAUCUCGGCCAGUUAAAACUGAUGAAAGUCCAAUGGGCAGAGAGACUGUCUCUGGUCUGCCUCUCAUCUCCACCCUCAAGUCAUCCCUCUUUCAAAGUGUCCCUUCCCACUUCUCAAGAAAAAAAUCCAGAAAACUGCCCCCUUCUCACUGCUCAGCCAAACUUAGCGUGCUCAACUAUCUGACUCAGUCCAAUGGCUGGUUCACUGAGGUGCACAAUCUAGACUCCGAUCACUGGUUCUCAACUUCCUAGAACUCCACCAGCCUAACCCACUCAAACCAGCUGCCUGUGUCCCACCUCUUCACGGGUGAGAAAAGAGACUAACAAUGGGGUAGUCCCCCAAUGUCUGAUAGCUGUGCCAAACAAAACUGUCCUAGCUCUACAACUAGAGAAGAAAUCCAAUGGGAAAAGAUGACAGAAGACAUUUAGAACUUACAUAUCAGAAUGUGCAUGUGCCGACAGUGUAGGUAUUCAAAUGGAGUGUGUUGUUGCACUGUCUGGUUUUCUCUUAUCACUCUUCGGAGAAGGAGGUAUCAGAUGAAACCACCAAGGUCAUUGUUCCUCCUAGGCCGCAUAAACUAAUGCCUGCACACAUGCACACACAUAGUUGGGAACCAUGUUGAAUUUUCCUAGAAGAGUCUUUUCCAAAAUGGAUCAUUUAUAAAUAAGCAACUUAAGGAAACAGAAGGAAAUCCUGGGAAACAGUAGCCUUACCUUGGUAAUGACUAAGCAGGGCUAUGACUUGUAAUUAUUUUUAUCACAAAUGAUAGUCAACUGUAAUAGGACUCCAUCUCUGCUUAUUUUGCUGAAGUACUGUAGGUCUUUGUGUAUUGUAAUGCUGCUGUUGCUCUGUUGUACCAUCUGAAUUCCCACUCAUUUCCCACCCCGUCCUCCCAUCUGAGUCAGAAUGAUAGUGAAUGACACAUAUAGGAUGGGGACUAGAGCAAAAUUGACAAGCUAAGGAUCAAGUGUGGCUUGUUAAAAUGGUCCAGAUACCAUCUGAAUUGUUUAGUUACCGAUUUUUCCCUGAGAAGGGAAGCUGGCAUGCUAAGAACUUGUUCAUAGAUCUACUUGGAAACAAAGCAAGAAUGGUUCUCUCUCCUUCUGUCUCUUCCUCCCUCCCUCCCUCCAUCUCCCCUCCUCCCUCUCUCUUCCCCUCCCUCCCUUUCUCCCCCUCUAUCCCUCUGUUUCUCCCCCUCCCUCUCCCCCCCUCUCCUUCUCUGGAGUUUCCUUAGCCCUUGGGAACAUGGGCCAUUUUCAGGAUUUCAUUGUUAACUAUUUGAAGUAACAUAGUUGCUCAGGUGGUGGAACAAGACACCAAAUAUCCACCACAGUUAUGUACAGAAAUCAUUAAGAAUCAAAGCUCUGGGGUUUGAUUGCAUCUUUGGUAACACUGUCUGUAGAAUGGAUUGUCUAAUUCUUGGCCAGAAGUACACCAGGGAAGGAAAUAUCCGACUAGAGUUAAGUUGCCACCAACUUCUGGCAUCAAUGCUAUAGGAGGCCAACAGCUAUCCAUUAAGGACCUCUAUUACACCAAAAGGGCAAGGAAAGAAAAAAGAGGAUAUUUUCAGUGUACUAAAAGUUGACCAGAAGAAGCAAUUGGAGGUCAACAUCAUCUUCCCGUAGGACAAAGUAGAAUUAAUUGUAUAACAGACAGAAACUAAUACCAAAGAAAUCAGACCCCAUUCACAUCUUUCCACUGAAUAAGGGACCUUGAUUGGCUAUAUGGUUUGUGGAGUUGCAUUUGUCUGCUAAUCUGUAAUACUUUGUUGUUUAUUAUUAUGUGUUCUGUGUUUUCUGAGGCCCUGCAAAGUAGUAGCAGGGCCAGGACUUGGUCAGGGGAGGAAGCUGGAAUAGUUAUGGAAUAACAGGAGAAAAUGCAGAAGGAAAAGAUCCACAAAGUGUGCCUAUUCCUUUUAGUCCUCCUCACAAAAUGGAACACCAGUCCUCAAAAUAAAGUAAUUGCUUCUUAAAAUAUUUUAAUAAAUGGAUAAAUAUCAUCAA